AUGGAUUUUGUAUUCGCCCUCGGAUCAAACGGCUCAGGUCAGCUGGGAAUAGGUCACAAAGAAGACAUCUCAGUACCCAAGCCAGCCCUAUUCUCGUCUGCAGCAGGCGAGCUUUCCGCCCAUCCAACAUCGCCAAUCGUCAAGGUCGCAGCCGGCGGGAACCACACUCUGCUCCUGACAGAAGACGGCGAGAUCUACAGCUCUGGCGAUCCGGCCUCUGGAGCAUGCGGUCUCAAGUCAGCAGCAGCAGAUUCAGCCGAGGCAGGCCGACAACGACCGCCCGUCUUCCACAAGAUACACGUCCCCACCGAGCAGGCAGCCCAAAGCCCGGGCCGCCUGAUCGCCGCCACCUGGGAGGCGUCCAUCAUCACGGGGCCAGACGAGCAGGGCCGGAGGAACAGGCGCGUGUACAGCUUCGGGUGCGGCAGCAAGGGUGAGCUCGGGCAGGGCCCGCUCAUCAUCCGCAUCCCGUUCGCCCAGCCGAUUGCAGACUUUCCCCCGCCAGAUAACGAGGUCGUCGACCUGUCAGCCUGCAUGGGCCACGUCGUCGCCGUGUUGAGCAACGGGGACGCCUACGGCUGGGGUAAUGGACGAAAGGGGCAGCUGGGCGCGCCCGAGGGCAUCGUCACCGAGCCCCGCAAGAUCGAGGGCGUUCCUUUCAAGGUUGUCAAGGCUGCUUGCGGGAAGGAAUUCUCCUGCCUCGUUGGGGAGCCUGGCAGUGGAGAUAUUGCCGUGAUAGGCCUGGACAAAUGGAGCGUGCGAUCUUCUGCACCAACUUCAGUCCCGGGCUGGCGAGACGUGCAAGCUAGCUGGGGUAACAUCUACAUCUUGCAGGCCGACAGAAGCGUCCUCAGCUGGGGCAGGAAUGACCAUGGACAACUGGCGCCGUCAGGACUACCCAAAAUGUCGCAGAUUGCGGUUGGCAGUGAACAUGUCGUCGCCAUAGACGAGGCACUUGAGACUGUUGCUGCCUGGGGUUGGGGCGAGCAUGGAAACUGUGGUCCUCAAGUUCAAGGUGACAACUCACAGGGCAAAACUGGGUGGACUGUCAUCGCCUCUGCCAAACAUAUUCCCCCGGGUUCCUCUAUUACAGCUAUUGGUGCUGGAUGUGCCACCAGUUGGAUUAUGAUUGGAAAGCCUGCUAGCUAA